CACGCUCUAACCCUAGCCGUCUAAAAAAAAAAAAAAACAAAAAAAAACAAAAAAAACCCUAGCCUCCGUUUUGUUGCGCCGUUUCCGACGUUCUUCAUCACCAACAUCACCAACUUCUACUUUUCAAUUUCCUCCAUCGUUACCAUGUUGAAACUCUCAAGCCUUGAUUUUGCUGCCCUUAAUCUCUCUGGAGCUAACUAUUUGGCUUGGGCACUAGAUGCCAAGUUUUGGUUGAAAUCCAAAGGGCUAGGUGAUACGAUCACCCAAGGAAACAAUAGAAGUGAGCAACACAAGGCACAAGCAAUGACAUUGCUUCGCCACCACCUCCACGAGAGUCUUAAGAAUGAGUAUUUGACCGUGGAAGAUCCAGUCGUUCUUUGGAGCGAUCUGAAAGAAAGGUAUGAACACCAGAAAACGGUGAUUCUACCAAGAGCCCGGUAUGAUUGGGUGCAGUUAAGGCUUCAAGACUAUAAGUCUGUAAGUGAGUACAACUCCGCCUUGCAUCUAAUAGCCUCUAAAUUGGCACUAUGUGGUGAAAAGGUCACGGAAGAGGAUAAGUUAGAGAAGACUUUCUCUACCUUCCAUGCCAAUAAUGUGUUAUUACAAACACAAUACCGUGAGAAAGGGUUUACGAGGUAUUCCCAAUUAAUUUCAUGCCUUCUUGUGGCUGAAGAGCAAAACCAGUUGCUGCUGAAAAAUCACGGUUUGCGUCCAACCGGAUCUGCCCCGCUCCCCGAAGCGAACACGGCAUCAUUCGGUAGGAAAGAGCAUAACAGUGCCAAUAACUAUGGUCGUGGACGUGGAUAUCAACGUGGUCGCGGUCGCGGCCGUGGUCGUCGACACGAGUAUGGUCGAGGCCGAGGAGUAUCUUUUAAGAACUCUUCUAAGAAGUGGACUGGUAACAAACAAGAGAAAUCUCCAAGUGUUUGUCAUCGAUGUGGAGGAGAUGACCAUUGGGCUAAGAGAUGCCGGACACCAAAACACCUUGUUGAUCUUUAUCAACAAUCCCUAAAGCAAAAGGGCAAGAAGGUGGAAGCAAACUUGGUGUUUGAAGAUGGCGAAGAGGAUUUUGGUCAUGAUGGUGUUACUCACAUGGAAACUUCUGACUUCCUUGAGGAGUAGAAGUGAUUUUUAGUUUCUCAUGGAUUUAAGUUAUAAGUUAUGUUUCCUUUUCUGGUUUUUGGAUUUUAUUUUAUUCUAAAGUUGUUGAGUUUUA